UGGAGUUUCCUGUUGACACCGGAAUCUUGUGAAUGGGCAGGAAAAGCAAACGCCACCUUCUUUCAUUUUCCUUUAACUUUCCCUUCCCUCCGCAACCUGGUUGUGUGGGUGCGCCUCUCUCUCUCCUCCCAACCUGCGUCCGGCUGAGCCUUGCUGGGGAAGGGAGGAGAGGAAAAGGCCCAAAGAGGAUCCUCCACGCCUAGGCUUAAACUUCAGAGAAGAGGGAGGCGGAGUGAAAAGGCGAGAGAUUUGCAGGGAGUUGCCGGCUGCCGGGGCAGACGAGAGAAGAGGUGCAGGUGCAGAGUGGGGCGGCUCGGAAGGGCAGCUCUGCCCCGGGGACCGCAGCUUGCCCCCGCUCCAGCGCGUUCGCUGCUCACUCAGUGAGCGAGACAAAGAACCCCCCGGUCGCGCGCUCUCUGCGCUUGGGCAUGGGGGUGCCUGCUUUCUAAAUGCCCCCUCCUGCACCCCUCGCUGAUGGCUGAAGCCUGGCGGCUGGAGGACGAGGAAGAGGAGCUGAGGGAGUUCGGCAGAAGGCACAGAAGGCGGAACCUGAACUCUGCAGCAGAUCGCUCUGAAAGAAAUAAACCAGACUACCGUUCCUCAGGCCAAGGACCCCUGUCAUCCAUUAGAGCAGCAAUCAAGAGAACUUCUCGGACUUCUUCUCAUACCGAACAUCAGAGAGAUAGAAGACGUCCUGAGAUUACAAUAGUUGCUGCUGAGCCUCUCAGACCAUCCUCCUGGUUUCCAGGUGGAAAUGUCACUCCACAAGGAUUAGGAUUCCCUCCUCCUUCCCAGACUAACUGGAGGACAAAUGAGCUUGUUCCAGCUGAGCUUCCACCAUCUUAUGAGCAGGUGAUAAAAGAAAUUAACCAAGUGCAAGUCAAUACAACAAAUAACAAUAAUGCUGCUGCUGCUUCUAGAUGCACUGCAACAUCUGCAACACAAACUGACUUUCCAGAGGAAAUAAUCAGCCAUUUGCCAAGAAGUAAUGUAAAAAACAACCUACCUACUCUCUGUGAAUCUGAAAUUGUUCAAGCAGUGCAAAGUCCUCUCAAACCUCCCAGACCUCUCUUAAAUAGCAAUCCUUCAGAAAAUGAGGCUCCCUUAGUUGUCUCUGAAGUGUCUGAAGAAUGGAAGUGCCAAGAAAAUCCCAGUAAUGUGACCGGUCCACUGCCAAAACCAAGAUCAAAAGGCAAUCUCAGACCUGUGGUCAGAGAUAUUCAAAGCAAAUCACAAGACAAUCAGGAAGAAGUGAGCCAGCCUCAAGCUGAAAGGGAGCCAUCUCCAAGUCAGCCAGUGUCCCUCUUAGAUAAUAGCUUAUUGGACAAUCACAUGGUGAUGAACAGUAUGAAUACAGAAAAAAGCCAAAAUAGUAUUGGUUCAAGAAUCAAAGCUUUUGAAUCCCAAGCAAAUUCUGAUAUCUCAGGAUUAUCAAAGAAACCAGAAAUUGCUCCACGGUCAUUUGUCCCAAGACCAACUGUUUCUGCAAAGAAGCCAAUAAUAGCUCCAAAACCAGAGCUAGGGGCCAGGAGAGCUUCAGGAGAGUCGGGUUCAUGGACAGAAAACACACAAAAAGCUACAUCCAGGAAAUGGCACCCUCAACCUCAAGAAGCCGGGAGUAAUGUCAUAACCAAACCUGAAUUGCCAAAGAAACCAAAACCUGGCCUUGUAAAAAGUACUAGUAAUGAUUUGCUUGAUGCAAGGAAUGGGUCAGCUUCAGAGAACAAUGAUGAACAAAAGAAAUUCCCAGUUCCUGCUCCAAGGCCACUCGUUCCCAAAAAGUCUCUUUCUGUAGAAAGUCCUGCCCCUCAUUCGACUUUACUAAAACCAAUCAUCGCUGCUCCCAGUCUCUCGGUAGCUACCCAAGCAACAGCUUUCAUGUCCCUGAGAGAGUCAUCGGCUCCAACCAACCUCUCAACAUGUACUUUGCAAAGUAAACCAGUUGGGGAAGGAGAUCUUAUCAGUUUUGAUGAUGACGUUUUGUCCCCUAGUUCAGUUAGUGCAGUUCAAGAAUGUACCAGUUCUGAAGCAGAUCCCUUUCAAUUCCCCUCCAAAACCGAGCCUGCAAAGGAACAGACAGUUCAACCAGCUAUAGCACGAAAGCCUACUGUGAUCAGAAUCCCAUCUAAACCAGGGAAAUCUUUAAAUGAAGUUCCAAAUAUCCCUCCACCUCUUCCUGCUGAAAAACCAAUUGGGAACACCUCUGGGAUCGUUGCUGGAAAGCCUAGUAAUGCCAAACAAACAAGGAAAGGGGAAUCUGAACAUUCAGAUCCAACAGGUACUUCUUGGACAGAGCCUGUGCUGCCCCCUAGGCCUGUGGAUGGAAAAGUUGUACCAGCUCGACUGCCUCCACCUAAAGGCAUUCCUGGAAGGCCACCUCCACCAAAACACUCUGGAACCAAGACCUCUUCCCAAAAGGACCCUUUUUGCCGAUCCUCGUCUGACCUGACACUCCAUAAAAGACAUGACAUGUUUGGAAUGGGAGUCAAGAGAGCAAAGAGUCAAGUUUUAAAAAAUCAAGACCCAGCAUUACCGCCUCGACCUAAACCAGGGCACACUCUCUACAAUAAAUACAUGCUGCCUGUGCCUCAUGGAAUUGCCAAGGAAGAUUUCUCUCCUAGAAACCCUGGAGAACUCGGCUGCAAGCAUGGGGAUGUUCUUGUGCUGCUGGAGCAGAUCGACAGCAAUUACUUCAAGUGCCAAAAGGGAGGGGAAACCGGCAAAGUGCACUUGUCUCAUAUGAAGAUAAUCACCCGCCUAGAUGAGCAUCUGACAAGCAAGCAAAAGGAUUCAAACAAUAUUCAGAGGGUUUCUGACAAAAGUGCUCCCCAUGCUGUAGUGCUGCAUGAUUUUCCAGCAGAGCAUGCUGAUGAUUUGGACCUCCAUUCUGGAGAGACUGUUUAUCUUCUGGAGAAAAUAGAUAAUGAGUGGUACAGAGGAAAACUCGGGAAUCGCACAGGGAUAUUUCCUGCCAACUUCGUUAAAGUGAUUAUUGAUGUUCCAGAGGAAGAGAACAGGAAAAAAGUAUUGUUUUCAUCACCAUGUAUUAAGGGCCCGAGAUGCGUAGCUCGGUUUGAAUAUAUCGGAGACCAGAAAGAUGAGCUAAGUUUUUCAGAAGGUGAAAUUAUUCUUCUUAAGGAAUAUGUAAAUGAAGAAUGGGCCAGUGGAGAGCUGAAAGGCACAUCUGGAAUUUUCCCCUUGAACUUUGUGGAAAUUAUUGAAGAUCUGCCUGGAUUAGGUGUAGGAGCACCACUGAAGAACAAGAGGGAGAGUUCUGCUUGUCUUUCUCAGACUGAUAGACAGUCUGGAGAGUGGUGUGAAGCGCUUCAUGAUUUUACAGCAGAAACCAAUGAAGACUUAUCCUUUAAAAAGGGAGACUACAUCCAGAUAUUGGAGCAUGUGGACUCAGAGUGGUGCAGAGGGAGACUGAAUGAUAGCGAAGGCAUUUUCCCAGCAGUUUUUGUUCAGACCUGCUCCGCUGGAGUAAAGACAGCACAGUCUCCAGGAUGCAGGAAAGGAAAAGCCAAGGCUUUGUAUGACUUCCAGGGAGAGAAUGAGGAUGAGCUCUCCUUCAAGGCAGGUGAUAUGAUAACAGAGUUGGAACCUGUAGAUGAAGACUGGAUGAGUGGAGAUGUACAAGGCAAAUCUGGAAUAUUUCCCAAGAACUUUGUUCGAGUUCUAUAGAUAUCAUAAGGAUGGAGCCCAGUUCUGCUCACGAGGCAUAUGGAAGCAAAUGCUUAUCUAGCACAAAGGCACAUUAUACUUCAGCAAACAAAGAACUACCAUCUUUGUUGUCACUUGAGUUAUUACUUUGACUAUCAAAUAUGAUUUGCACUAUAUUGUCCAGAAAGAGAACCACAUCAUAUAUAACAUAUUAACUUCCUGAAACACCAACAUUUGCCGUGACAACAAAACUUAGUCAUACUUUGUGAAUGUUUCACAUGAGCUAGCAAACAGAAUUUCCACAGGAUUUUUAAUAGUUUCCAGCUAGGGAAAUUAAAUGUAGUACAAUAUCUUACAAAUUAAGUGAACUGCAUUCUAGUAGUUGACCUGAUCUGGUAUUUCAUUUAUCCUGCAUACAAUUUGCAUAAAUUAAGAUUGUUUAAUAGGCUUUUUAGAAAUGCAUUUAUUUUGCAGAUUUAAGUAUUAUAUGUUAAAUAUGUAUACCACAUUUUUGAUUUUCAGAUUUCACUACUGCUUGAGUUAAUAUCCUCAUUAGCAAUAAAAAGCAGUUGUUUUAGGAUUGAGAGGAUAAAGGUACCAUUCAUUAUCUUGCGGAAAAAUGUCAAGCCCUAAUGUAUGAUCGACACCUUGUAGAGUUUGUCAUUUCAUAUAUGGGAUACCAAAGUCUAACAAGCAGGAGGAUCAAAAGGCUAAGAAAACUUCACUCACUUAAUAGUUUCUCCAUCUUUGAAUGUAGGGCUGAGUGAACUUGUGAAGUUCAAGGUUUUUGUACUUGUAGAGUUCAUAAAACUAGAAUGAACUCAUCAAUCUUUUUUACUGAAGAGUGAUUACGCCUGUCUGCCCCCCAACACAUUUUUCUAGUUAAAGGGAAACCUGCUCCCUGUGCUAAGGAAUAGAUGAGAAGUCACCAACAUUUAAAAACAAAAAAACCCUCACCUUUAGGUUGGUUCAAGCUAGUGCCCCAGGGAGAGUGUUUUCCUAUUAGAAAUUCUCUCUUUCCCUCCCUGAUCCAGUCUCUGGGUUUGUCUGUCAGUCUACUUGCUCUCUGCUUUAAAAAAAAAAAAAAAAAAAAAAUUUCAUUCUCAAUCUUCGUUUCUCUUACACAGAAACAAACCCAAUUCCAUUCCCAUUUCAGUUUAACAUUCAAACCUGACAGUGUUUGAAAUUAGCAAGAGACGUUUACCUAUCCGUUCUAUAAACCACCAGCACGUUUCACCCCGGCUGCCAUUCUUGUGUUUUG